CUUUCGCGUUCCUGUUCCGAAACUAUCGCCGGAGUCCUCAGGGUUUACGCUGAUUUCACUAAGAAUUGAAUGGGAGGAAGCAGAUUUGCCCUUGACCGCUCUUGGCUGGGCUGUCUCCAACUUUGCUUUCGCUCUUCUUCACAGACCCCUCCCCCCGCCGCUUUGUGGGAUGCUGCACUAGAUUGCCUGGUAUUGUCUGCUUGUUAUGGAGCCAAAAUCCGUGCCCCUCAUGCUUUGGUAAUGACAUUUCUCUUCAAAAGUGGAAGCCUAAAGGAAAAAUUGAAAACAAUUCUUCAAGCUACCUAUACUCAUUCUAGAUGUCUGGCCUGUUUUGUAUUCAUUUAUAAGGGUUUGAUGGCCAUGCAAUCACGAAUGCAAGGAAAGAAGGUUCCACUUCAUUCUUUCAUUGCAGCCUUCAUUGGGGGCUGGUUAGUGUUUGGGGAAAGUAAUAAUGUUAACAGCCAGAUAAAUAUGUAUCUAUUAUCUCGUAUCCUGUUUGGCUUGUCUCGAUUGGCAGUAGAGAAGGGUUAUAUCCCACAGCCCAAACAAGAUACCUUCCCAAUUUUUGCUGCUAUGGUUUGGGGGAUUGUUCUUUGGCUUUUUGAGUAUCACCGGCACACUCUACAACCAUCACUACAAUCAUCCAUGACCUACGUAUAUGAUGACAGUAAUGUUUGGCAUGAUAUUUCUGACUUCCUUGUAUAUAAUAAAAGAUCUACUACCAAAUAAACCUGACAACUAUUUGGAUAAAAACACAUUCCAAUGGCAGUUAAAAUGAUGUAUAUCUGAACAUCCUUUGCAAUACUGAACAUUUAUAUUAACAUUGGAUAUGAAUGUCUACUUGAAGUCUGUCCACAAUGUUUAGUAUAGAUUGCUGAUUUCUUCUGAUUAGAGCUUGAAACGAGUAUUUUAUAAGCAAAAUAUUUUGUUCCUUUUUCUUCAAGAUACCUAGUUUCCCCUUUUAUGCUAUCAGCUGAAGAAAAUAUCCCUUCAUUGUUUUAAAAUCAAGAAAUAUGAAUUAAAUGUUAAAAUAUAAGGAUCAGAUGACACAAGUAUCACAAGUAUUUUUUGCAUCUAGGUGCAACUAUGUUAUCUACAACUUCUUCAGCAACAAAAGAAAUAACCAAAUUUUCUGCAUGUUGGAUAUCAUUUUAUAAUGAUCUUGGUCUGUAGUUAUGGUACUUGGAAGUGUUAUUGCUUAUGUUUUGUUUAUCCAUGCCUCUUUUAUCAGAGCAGAUAACAUAUCAAACCAAUUUUAAGGAUGUUUUUUUUAAAUGGACUUUUUAAAUCCAGUUGCAUAAAUAUAAAACAAAAACUGUGGGAGUUUUUAAGUACACUAUCCUACAAAAUGCUUAAAAUUUAGUAACGUUAACAAAUAGAGGAAAAUUGGGUUUUAUUUCUUGGGUUUCUAAAAUGAAAGAAGAGAGUAAAUAGUAUGGUGAACAAAGGAAGGGUGUCAAAUAGGUUAUUCUUGUUGUGAAAUCCUGUAAUAUGAUGGGGGUGAGGCAAGAGUGUGAAUACUAAAAAACUUUUCCUUGAUUGAAGCUUUACUAGAUGGAAAAUGAUGCAAUCAUACAUAGCUAAAACUAUUAUUGCAGUUAUCAUACUCUGAUCAUACAGUCAACAGGUACAAUUCUGUUUAGCAAUCCACCAAAAGUGCCAAAUGGAGCAUUAGAUUUUAUCUCUUUCUUUUAUUAAUGAAUACAGAUGUGUAUUGUAUUUUUUGACAUUUAUUUAACAUAUAUGGUCACCUGACUCGCACACAGUGACUCCGGGCUGUGUAUAACUUUAAAAAUCCA